UUAAAUAAAGUUGGUUUUAACUAUGAAAAUGAAUUUUUAAAUUACAAUUUUGCAAUGAAAUUUUAUGUUGAAAAUGACCAUGCAUUUAAAAACCAUAUGGAAACUAUAUUCAACGAUACUUGGGUCAAAAGUUAUACUGAAAAAUAUAAAACACAUAGUGACAGAUCACUUCUGAAGUCUGACAAUGUUAAACAUUAUAUACUUUCUUACUAUGAUGAAAUCAGAUUGCAUGAUGAGAUCAAUCUGCCUGACAUAUGGACUCCAAAAGAAUUUUGUGAUGAAGAACAAAAAGAAAAAGAAAAAGCGAAACAGUCGAAAUGUGUAAUGUUUCCCGCAUUAUUAUCGGAUUUCACAGAAACGAUUCUGAAGAAACUUUUUAUUACAUGUCCAGGUAGGAUAUCUGACAUGAUCUUAAUUAUUCCUUUAACUUAA